UGAACAACACUAGUGGACGGUAUAAUGGGAAUUAAAAAAAGAGUAGUUGUAAUUUGGGAAUUAGAUAAUUUCCCAACAUUAUUUAGGGAAAUAAUUCAAGUUUAACAAAGAGAAUUUCCACCGUUAAAAAAAAAAAAAAAAAGAAUUUUUUUUUUCUUAUUUCCCCUCCUGGCCUCCUCCAACCCAUUAUUGCUCCUCUCUAUGUCAUCCCUUUGCUAAUUAAUUUUCUGUCUCUUAGAAUUCUCCCCCAAGUUGUUUGAUGAAAGGUAGAUGAUUUAAGGCUCCUCCUUGAAGCUUACUCUAACACUCUGAGUUCUCCAUCGAAGCGGCGUUUGAGCUUUCUCUCUUCCAUUGAAAUAGUUUGUGAGCCAGUUAAACUAAUACAAAGCACUAUAUUGCCUAUUGAAGAGCACUCAACGUUCAUUGAAGCGCAGUUGACGUUCUCCGUUGAAUCGCACGGCGCCUUCUAAUAACUUGUAUCCCUCAUUGAAGCAGCUUCUCAGUGCAUUAAGUGUUCGAAAAUCUCAACCAGUGGCAGACCUACCCUUGGUCCAGGUAGGUCACGUGAAAAAUUAAAAAAACAAAAAAACGGACAGUCAGUACUGGAAGGGAAAAGAAACAAAACAAAACCAUAUUCAAAAUCACGCACUCUCAUCCUCUCAAAUCUCAAUCUCUCUCUUCGCUCUUCGCCGCCGCACCGCCAGUCGCCGCCGCACCGCCUCGCCAUCAGCGUACACACACACUCGGACUCGGCGUUCUUCGACUCUUCUUGCUGCCAAGUAACUAAGCUGUUGUUUGCCACCCUUUAUUGUAGGACGGAACUAUGAAAAUAGGCCUUUGCUCCAUGGGUCCAGGGCAGCUGCCCCUCCUGCCCCGGCUCAAGGGUGGGCCUCAAUGUUCCAUUCGGUUUCGACCUUGCAUUGAUAUACACAAGGGAAAAGUGAAGCAAAUUGUUGGUUCCACCCUUUUGGAUUUGAAAGAAGGAGGAUCAUCAUCAUCAGCUCUUGUUACUAAUUUUGUUUCUGAUAAGCCGUCAGCUGAUUAUGCUAGGUUGUACAAGGAUGAUGGGCUUUUGGGUGGUCAUGUUAUCAUGCUUGGCGCAGACCCUUUGAGCGAAGCUGCUGCAAUUGAAGCCUUGCAUGCAUUUCCUGGUGGUAUGCAGGUUGGAGGUGGGAUUAAUUCCAAAAAUGCAUUAAGAUAUAUUGAAGAGGGAGCCAGCCAUGUCAUCGUAACAUCAUAUGUGUUCAACAAUGGGCAAAUGGACCUUGAUAGGCUUAAGGAUCUGGUCUGCACUGUUGGAAAAGAAAGGCUUGUAUUAGAUUUGAGCUGCAGAAAGAAGGAAGGUAAAUAUGCCAUUGUAACGGACAGAUGGCAGAAAUUUAGCAAUGUAUAUGUUGAUGAGCAGACUUUGGAAUUUCUUGCUGCCUAUGCUGACGAGUUUUUGGUACAUGGUGUGGAUGUUGAAGGCAAAAAAUUGGGAAUUGACGAAGAGCUUGUUUCUUUACUUGGAAAAUACUCACCAAUUCCAGUGACCUAUGCUGGUGGUGUGACAGUUAUGGGGGAUCUAGAAAAGAUUAAGGUGGCUGGCAAUGAGCGAGUUGAUGUAACUGUUGGUAGUGCUUUGGAUAUAUUUGGGGGUAGUUUACCCUACAAAGAUGUCAUUGCAUGGCACCUUAAGCAGGAGUCCGGCAGCUAGUUCUCUAUUUUUUGUCAUCUUUGAACCAGUUCUCUUCUAGCACCAUAAUUAAAGACACAGAUCCGCUUCACUAGUCAAAUUCACCUGCUGCAAAGACCUUAAUUUGCUUAACAAGGUGUUAUUAAUGACUCAAUGUUAUUGUUGUAUUGUCCCUUUAGUCUUGUUUCGAAUUGGCCUUGCCAUUCUAAGUUCCCAAUUUUGAUGUUAUGCUUCUUAGCUAUUUGAUUAUUAUUUUUUUUGGCAAGGAUUCUUAAACUGGAUUGGCCCAGACUAGACUUUUUAUUGAAAGCUAUUGAGAAAAUAUUGGACUGGGAUUCUUAAACUGGAUUGGCCCAGACUAGACUCGGAAUAUGAAGAUCUAAUUUUUUUUCAUUCCAA